GCCCAGGAAGGAUUCCCAAGAGGUCCUCCAUUUGGAGCAAGACUAAGAAGCAAGGCCCUACAUUUAUGUGAUUUUUUUGAACUUUGAUUUGGGGGUGUCCUCUCUUCUCCUCUUUUAGGAUUGCUUCCUACAUUUCCACCUUUCCAGGAAGAAUUUCCAAAAUUCUAAAAAUUCAUGACUAAGAAACACAGAUUUUAUUUAUGUUGAUGUUUUGGGAUUUCCCCCCCUCUUUGGUUGUGUCCUCUCUUCUCCUUUUCCAGGACUGUGUCCUCCAUUUCCACCUUUCUGCUUAGGAGCGAUUUCCCAAGAGGUCCUGCAUUCGGAGCAUCACAAAGAAGCACAGAGCUACAUUUAUAUCCGAAGCGUUUGGGGCUUUGAUUUGGUCAUGUCAUCUAUUUUCCAUUUCCAAGAGUGUGUCCUCCAUUUCCAACCUUCUGCCCAGGAGGGAUUCCAAAAAGGUCCUCCAUUUGGAACAGGACUGAGAAGCAUGGAUUUACACUUAUAUCUGAAGUGUUUUGAGCUAUGAUUUGGUCAUCUCCUCUCUUCUCCUUUUCCAGGACUGUGCCCUACAUUUCCACCUUUUCAGGAGGAAUUUCCAAAAGUCUAGAAAUUCAUGACUAAGCAUGGAUUAAUAUUUAUAUUGAUGUUUUGGCAUCUCUUUUUGGUCAUCUCCUCUCCUCUCCUUUCCCAGGACUGUUUCCUCCAUUUCCAGCCUUCUGUCCAGGAGGAAUUUCCAAAAUCCUAAAAAAUUCCUGACUAAGAAGCACGGAUUUACAUUCAUAUUGGUGUUUUGACCUUUGAUUUGGUCUUGUCCUCUAUUUUCCUUUUCCAAGACAGUCUCCUGCAUUUCCAGCCUUCUCUCCAGGAGGAAUUUCCCAAAGGUUCUCCUCUUUGAGCAUGACUAAGAAGCACACAUUUACAUCCAUAUUCAUGUUUUUGUGUCAUCUAUUUUCUUUUUCUAGUCCAGGAAGAACUUCCAAAAUGGCCUCCAUUCUGAAGAGGACUAAGGAGUAAGGAUUUCUAUUGGUGUUCUUAGCUUUUCUUUGGUAAUGUCCUACAUUUUUCUUGAAUGCCCUACGUUCUGCGGUGCCUUGCCCUCCUCAGUGACCUCCUGGGUGGAGUCCUAGGACAUCUGGUCACCCUGUCCUUCAUGGAGGGGGCUACCCUGCUGAGCAAUGCCUCCGGGCCGAGGGGGUCCAAUGAGAGCAGUGGCAUCAUUGGGGGGCCAGCAUCAGGACCUUCAGGAGUCUGGUCUGGGGCAGCAGUGCUCCUCCUGCUCCUCUUUGCCCUCUCGGCCUUGGGCAACAGUGCUGUGGUUGGGGUGAUCGCCCGCCACCCUCCACUCCGGACUGUCACCAAUGCCUUCGUCCUCUCCCUGGCAGUGGCUGAGCUGUUGGCAGCCCUCUUGUGCCUCCCGCCAGCCUUCCUGGGUCUCCUCCUCAGAGGCACCUGGCUCCUGGGGCCUCGGCUCUGCCUGGCCAGUGCCACCCUCCAUGCUGCCUUGGGUGCCGCCGCCACCCUCACCAUGGCCCUCCUGGCCUUCGACCGCUAUUGCGCCAUUGUCCGACAGCCCCGACACAAGAUGGGACGAAGACGUGCUGCACAACUCCUGGCUGCCGUCUGGCUGGCCUCCUUAGGAUCCUCUGGUCCCUGGUACCUACUGGCCCAAGAGGACUGGUAUGAGGACCAGCAGGUGGCAACAGUGGCAGAGAUAUCACCCAGAGUGCUUCCCGGUAGUGCCAUCCCUGCUGCAGCCUACCACUGCAUGUACGUCCUGCCAUGGGGCUCCUCCCGGCUAGGACCCCCCUACGGGGCGGCCUUGAUCAUCUUCUGCUACCUGCUGCCCUUUGCCCUCAUGUGCUUCUGCCACUACCACAUUUGCCGGGCUGUGCGGCUCUCCGAGAGCCGCGUGAGGCCCCUCACCACCUACGGCCACUUGCUCCGCUUCUAUGGCGAGAUGCGGACAGCCACCACCGUCCUCAUCAUGAUCGUCUCCAUCAUCUGCUGCUGGGGACCCUACUGUAUCCUGGGUCUGGCUGCGGCUCUGGGGCGUCUCUCCUUGUCGCCCACUGUGGAUGCUGCGGCCAGCUGGAUGGCCUGGGCCAACGGGGCCAUCAACCCUCUCAUCUACGCCGCCCGUAACCCCAACAUCUCCCUACUUCUGGGCCGUAGCCGGGAAGGGGGUUAUCGGACUAGGAACAACAACGUGGCCGCCUACCUGGCUGCCACUCAGGGACGCCACUUUGAUGCCAAGAGCAGAGCAGAGCGCUAUGCCAGCCACAGUGGGGUCACUGUUGGGAGCACCCUGACUUCUUCCAGCCCAGCCAGCGGAGAGGAGUUGGCCACAUGGGCCUGUAAAAACCCUGCCAUCCUCUUCUGCCGCGAUGGGAGGCCCGGCGUGGCUUCUGACAUCUGUACGCAGCCCAAAUUGGACACUCUUGAUACCAGCCUUUGAGACAAAAUGGCGUCAUGUGAGGGAGCAGGAAAUCUACCAAUUCUGAAACAAUUCUCCAAAACCUCAUCCACAGAGGAAAAAGAAAACCCAGACCACCUACUAGUGAGUGUGGGUGCAUGCCCGCAUGUAUAGCAUUGUUCCAGUUUGAUACCACUUCAACUGCUACUGCACCAUCCUGUGGAAUCAUGGAAUCUGUAGUUCAGUGAGGGGCUUAGAACAUGUCAGUCCAUUGGCUCUACCUUUAGUACUGUUGUUGCUGUGUGCUUUCAAGUCGUUUCUGAGUUAUGGUGACUCCGAAGCGAAGCUAUCAUGAGGUUUUCUUGGCAUGUUUCUUCUGCUGAAUUCUGCUGCUAUAAGUUUGCAAAAUAUGUUUAAGUGGAAAAGAAGGAAUUGGGUUGCAUGUUAGUAGGGAUGACGCAGGCACUGUGUAAUCGGUGCUUGGCCAAACUACAGUAUUCUGAAUACAGUAUCACCUAACAGUGACGUUUGCUAUAAGCCAAGUUCAUGAUGCGGGAAUAGAGUUUCCACAGUGGUGGACUGCUGCUGUUUUCAAUGUUUGGUUGGGCACUGGGAGGUUUUUAAG